AUGGCGCUACCUAAAUUAGAUGAUUACAUAAUUAUUGAAAAAAUCGGCACCGGAAGUUACGCAACUGUUUAUAAGGCGGUAAAAAAGGAUAACCGCUCUGUGGUUGCACUUAAAUGUGUAGACAGCUCAACACUUUCGAAAUCGGCGAUCGAUAAUCUAAUUACAGAGAUAAAUUUGUUAAAAGUGUUAAAACAUGAACACAUUGUUGAGAUGAAAGACUUUUUUUGGGGCGAAGGACGUAUAUACAUUGUUAUGGAGUACUGUGAUGCUGGAGAUCUAUCGACGUUCAUAAAGAGAAAACAUAAAUUACCAGAAAAAGUGUGCCAUAAAUUUUUGCAGCAGCUUGCACUUGCACUCAAGUAUUUGCGCUCUAACAAUGUAUGCCACAUGGAUUUAAAACCACAAAAUCUUUUACUUAUUAGAAAACCCACAUUAAGACUAAAAGUCGGAGAUUUUGGUUUCGCUCAAUAUUUAUCCACCGACGAACAUAAGUUCGCAAUCCGUGGAUCACCACUUUAUAUGGCACCUGAAAUAUUGCUUCGUCGAGAAUACGAUGCGCGUGUCGAUUUAUGGAGCGUUGGAGUUAUUAUGUACGAAUGUUUGUUUGGUAAAGCGCCGUAUUCUAGCAAUACUUUUGAAGAAUUAGCUGAGAAAAUUAAAAGUUGCCGUCCUAUUGAGAUACCAAAAGGAUCGUGCGUUUCACAUGAAUGUAAAGAUUUACUACAAUCACUGCUAAAACACGAUCCCGAAGAACGGAUAAGUUUCGACAACUUUUUCGCUCAUGAGUUUUUGGAUCUUGAACAUGCGCCGACGCAAGAAAACUACGAAAAAGCUGUUGCUUUGAUACAAUGCGGCGUGAAAGAAGAUAUGGAAAAAAAUUACCAGCAAGCAUUUCAACUUUACUGCAAUGCGCUUCGCUACUUUAUACCAAUACUGAUGGGAAGUCUGAGCAAAAGCACAUUUGACAUGGCGUCGGGUCUCGAAAUGGGCGAAAUUGGGGAGCAGUACUUCGCAGAAGGAAACUAUAGUCUGGCCCUAGAGAAGUACAAAGCUUGUUUAGGGAUUCUUGUGCGAGUUCUCAGCAAAGAACCGCCUGGAAAAAGGAGAGAACUUCUUCAUAAACAGAUUCAAAUAUGGAUGAAACAAGCUGAGUGUACAAAAGGACUUCUUGCGACAAAAGACAUGCAAGAAACAAUCAAAUCUGCUGAAACUACCGAUCAAUGUCGACUGUCUUAG